AUUUUUACAAUUCAUUAUCACAGGACAGAUCGAGUCAAUUUAUGAUGAGUGUCGUUAUGAAACUGCCUGGUGGCCAAAUCGAAAGAGUCCCUGGUGUUCUUCCUUCUCUUCUGAAGAUUUUGAGGUUAUGGAGUAUCACCAGGACCUGAAGUAUUACUAUGAAGAUAGUUAUGGCACACCCCUGAACUUGGAAACUGCUUGUGAGACCAUGAACAACAUCUACAGACAUUUUCGUAACACAGUUAUCACAGGAAAAGCUGCUCCUCAAGGAAUUUUUAACUUUGCCCAUGACAAGACAAUUUUCCAGGUUUUGACUCGUUUGGGAAUAUUCAAACCAUCCCAGCACCUGCGGCAUGAUAACUUUGCAGAAAUGAAAGAGAGAAUAUGGAAAACUAGUUAUGUGUCACCUUUUGCAGCCAAUUUAGCUGUUGUUUUGUACAGCUGUGGAUCUACCUACAAAGUGGGAACUUUCUUCGAAGGUCAGCCUAUACCAAUUCCAGGAAAGUGUGAAAGUGUGUUGUGCUAUUGGGAAGAACUGCAACCUUGGUUUGAUCAUAAUUUUCAAACCUGUAAUCUUAAUAAAUUAUGCAUGAUUCAUGAUGAAUUGUAAUAGACCUGGAAAUAGUAUGGUAGUAAGUACUUAAGUGUAUGUAUUUUCUUAGCAAUGACUGAUAUAGUGUUUUAUCAGUAUUAAAUAUAACAACAUUCCAGAAUAAUCAGGAAUGUUAUGUAACAGGUUUUAGUCCGAGGUAAAUUAUUUUGAUGGGAAUACAUUACCUAGUUUGUUUAGAAUUGAGAAAAUUAUAUUUAUGUAUACUUGAAACAAAUGUGCUAUUUGUGC